AUUAGAGCAACUUGGUGGAAGAAAAGCUCUGAAUUCCUGGAUUGCCACAGCACAUGCCACCAGUAUUAAUGAGUUCAGGCGUCAGUCUGGGAACUCCCUCCUUGUCUCCCAGUCUGGUUCUCCUCCCUCUCCUCAUCCCUCUUUCCUUCAGCACUCUGAGCUUCAAACCUCCUCAGGGAACAUCUGAGGCACAUCAGGAUUCUAGAGACCUGGCAGAUGUGGAUUCAUCUCUACACGAGCUUUCAAGCAGCCACGGUGUGAUUCCACAGACCUGUUAUGUUGAUCAGAUCUGGGUCUGGGCUCUCAAGAUUUAAGAUCAAGAUCUUCAGUCCAGUCCAUCUGCCCAAAGUGAACUGAUGAAAUCUUGGAGUAUGAGGGUGAGCCAAGUGCUGCAGCUGUCCUUUAUGCUGGUGGGACUCUGCCAGGCCCGCCGUGACCAUCCACCAGGCAAUCCCUCCAGAUCACAGGAGGCAGGUGAGGUCCCUGUGUCCCAGCUGAAAGUGCUCUCCCUGGGACUGGCUCACCUGCUGCAGGGGGUGGAGGAGAACGCGGGGCAGCUGGAACGGCAGGGAGAGCAUGUGGCGGCAGAGCUGGACGGGGCCACCAGGAGUUUGGAGAGCCUCCGUAAGCAGAGUUUGAAGACAGGACGGACUCACAAGCAGGUGAGGAAGGACCUGCAGAUGCUGAGUGCCAGGGGUGACAGGCUGUGGAAGGCAGUCAGAGAUCUGCAGAAGGGGCUGGAGGAUCUGGAGACGGAGCAGGGGGCCAUGCAACACCGGAUAAGCCGGAUCCUCCAGGGCAUUAAGAGCAUGACUGAGCCGAGGUCAGGGGGUCAAAGGCAGCUCGACAUUAGCUCCAUGAAGCUGAUCAUCGAUAAACAGGCGGUACGGCUCGCCAGGCUGACCUCUGAGGUUUCAGCCCGAGACAGAAUGAUUGACAGGCGCCUGCAGCAGAUUGAAAACCUGGAGAAACAGGUGUCUAAGAGCCUCCCAGCAGUACUGAGGGCAGAUUCUGACUCCGACUGUCCGAUGAGCACAGCUGCAUCAACACAGCGGCUAUGAGCGAAUCCACUCAUGAGCUGCAAUGAAGAAGAUUUUUUUUUUUUUUUUUUUUAAAGCUGACAAAACAAACUGCUCUGACUCUCACAAAUGGAUGUGCCGCAAUCAAGUCGUCAUGUGUGUCUAGUUAUUUUGUGUGUUGUUCUCAGCGAGCUGUGCCUCUGCUCAGAAAUAAAAAUGUUCCUGUUUCUGAGUCAUCGUGUUGUGGCUCUGACUUCCACAAUAUUGUGGUUGACAAUGGUGUAAAACGCCAUGUGAAGAUAUUUUACUCAUACACACCCAAAUAAACAGGCACUCGCUGGAGUCAGAGGAACCUUCAGACUAACAGCAGUGUGGAGGUCUAUCACCUAAAAACAAAUACUCUAAAGUUAUAGUUAGAGUAUAAGUUAUAAGCACAUUUUACACUUUUGGAGCAUUUAGGUUCUUUAUGGGAUUACUGGGUAUCAUCUAAUAAUCAUUGUCAAAAUUAGAACUAAUUUAUGUUUUUAUGUGUAAUUAAUUCAAAUUGAUUGUUUGAUGAUUGGGAUGUACUGUACACUCAAGUCAUAUCUACCAUGAAAAAAAUACAGUAAUAUCAAUUAUGAAAGUGGUUUGUAAAAAU